CUCCUCCGCACGCCCCGCCGCAGAAUCCCCGGGCUGCGCGCGUGCGAUGGAUGCGGUCGCGGCUCCUGCAGGUCUUCCACGAUGGGGUUGACUCUUAAUGAUGCCCAAAGCCACUGUGAAGCUUAUAGUAACCGGAGAUGACUUUGGCUACUGCCCAAGAAGAAACCAAGGCAUUGUGGAGUGUUUCCUUGCAGGCGCCGUUUCCAACGUGUCCCUUCUGGUCAACGGCAGCGCUGUCUCUGAUGCAGUACAAUUGGCAAAGAGGUAUCGCAUUCCAAUAGGACUCCAUGCCAACCUGUCCGAAGGCUUACCUGUUUGCCCGGCGCUGAAAGAGCAAUCCUCGCUACUCAACAAAGAAGGGUUCUUCCAUGGAAAGAUGGGAAUCCGGGCGGUGUUAGCAGAUGGACUCCUGAAGAUGUCUGAGGUGAAGCAAGAACUGAUAGCGCAAGUUGAAUUGUUCUGUGAACUCACAGGCCACCUGCCUCAUCACAUGGACGGACACCAGCAUGUCCAUGUCCUUCCAGAGAUCAGACAUGUAUUUGCACAGGUGCUGGAGGAAUAUGGAAUCAGACAUACUCGUGUCCCCAUAGAACCAGACCUUCCCCAUUGCAGCUGGAUAGAUCCACCCUUAAUGAAUUUUUACCUGGGUGUGGAAAAGGAUUCACUUAACACAGUGGAUGUGUUCAUGAAACAUGGGAUAAGAUGGCCAGAUAUAUAUAUAGGCUUGAGCACCAUGGGGAAAAAUAUGUCUGUAAACAACAUCCUCAGAGCCAUUGAUAAUGCCACUACGGAUUUCCUGGCUAAAGUGGAUUGCGCCAUUCCUUCGAACUCACCCUUGUGCCCAGAUCAAGAAAUCAGAACGGUAACAAUUGAGUUGAUGACGCAUCCGGGAUAUCCCAGUGUUCCACCCGUGGGGGGCUGCGGCGAGGGACCGGAUGAUUUCUCUCAGUCAUGGGAACGCUCACAUGAACUUGAGACAUUAAAGAACCCAGAGCUGCAAAGCCAUUACAAAACAAGGAACGUUCAGCUGUGUGCAUUUAAAGACCUUUGAAUAUGAAUGGUCGGAGGAGGACGCUUUAGUUUUGACUGGAGAGGCAGGGCUGGAUUCAAUGUGAUGCUAACGAACAUCAGGCUGAAGACGCCAUACAAAAGGAAGUAUAACUAUAGGAGAAUUUGUUACCAGGGAUUGUGUUCCCUUUCUGGUUGCUGUAUCUCAGAGCCCCCCCCCCUCCCCGGUCACAAGAAAGAGGAUUACAGGCAGUAAUUCUGCAAGAGGAAAGUCUAAAACACCGUUAACAUGGCCUGGAGAAAAAAGCAGAGGACAUAAGCCAUAGAAUGGAAGAUUCUAGAAGCAGGGAGGAGGAGGAGCUGGGUGUGUUUUGGGUGGGGGUCCGUCUUGCUGGACUUGGCUGUGCCGUGUGCUCCUUUAUGGGUCAGAGAGUUAGAAUCAAAAUGUUAGGUUUCUACGACCUUCAGUCUGGUUCAUUAUAUUGGGGGUUCUGAAGCAGGGGCUAUAGAGGCAGGGCAGUACGUAGAGAAUUCUGCACCAAGACUCCCCAGAUUACUUGCUAAGAGAAACUGAAUUUUAUCACCUGAGCAAGCUACCAACAGAUGCUUAUACUUCCUGUGUAUCUUGCAUCUGCAGUUGCCGUAGAUGGAAUCACUAUUGUUUUUGACCAGUUGUUCACCACUAUUGUUCUCCAAUAGCUGAGGUUUUUCCCAUCUGUGGCAACCUGAGAACCUUUAGUGGUAGAUGCCAUAGAUCGAACCAGGGACCUUCUGCAUGGCAAAGUAUGUGCUUUACCACUAAGUUAUAGCCCCUCCCUGAAUGUAAGAAGUUGCCUUACACCAAGCCAGCCCCAUCUGGGUCAACACUGCACCUAAUUGGCAACCGUGCUCCAGGGUCUCGGAUAGCUAAUGGUUUUUCCAGGUCCAUCUGCCCAAGAUCCUUUUUUAGCUGGAAAUAUGAGGGAUAGAAUUUAGGCCUUGUAUGCACAAAGAGUGCUCAUUACAAUAUGGAGCAUGGCUCGCUUCCCCCACCCGUACAAUUUGCGAGUAUUGAUGAUCGUGUUGCGGGCAUAAAUAAGUGGCACUUUUUGCCCUGUGAAGUUCUACCCAGCUUAGACCCUCUUGUAGCUAAGAUGAUGUUACAUUUUUCAGGAGUGUAUUGUUAAAGGAAUAUCAUUGGUGUAUCAGUGAAAUAAGGUAGCCAAGAAUGGGAUCAAAAUGCAGAUUUUUUUCACUGCUUUUUCUUACCUGUAAACAUUCUUAAUAAUAAGGUGUUUAAGCUGAUGUCCCAGUGGUGCCUCUGUCAGAAUGGAAAUAUGAAGGUGGAAGCAUCUAUUGGUGCAUUCUCAGAUCUUGAUUACCUUUCAUGGCACUGCACCUUUGCCUUUAAUGGCACUGUAAUUCAUAGAACAUGUCCUAGUUUUCCCUGCCGCUAUGGCGUGGAAGGAUGGAUGGAUGUAGGGUGGUCAUUCAUCGGAAUAUUCUGCUGCAUCAUAGUUAAACAUCCAAUGUCAUCUCCUCUUGGAAAGCCCUCAGAGUCAAUCAGGCAGGAAUGAGGUACGUUCCGGUUUGCUGUGAUUUGAUCUGUCCACUUAAGAAUUAAGGAAGAG